CUCUCUCUCACUCAGUAUUUGCCAGGGCAAAGAUAACACUCUUGUGUGCAGCUGAGAUAAUAAACCACUGUAUUUCUUCCAGAUUGUGUUUUGUGUUUAUCGGAAGGAUGGCGGUGACAGUAAAUGCUGUACGCCAGCAACUAGCAGCUCUUGCUAAUUCUGGAGGUUCGCACAAGGAUCAAGCUGACAAGUAUCGUGCCAUUCUCGAGGCGGUGCUCACCCUACAGGGAAGUGAUCUUAUUGAAGCUCUGAAGGUCUUCAUUGAAGCAAUUGUGAAUGAAAAUGUAAGUCUGGUAAUAUCACGCCAAAUUCUCACAGAUGUCAGCACUCAGUUGGCCGUUGCACCUGACCCCAUUUCAAAAGCAGUGUCUCAUUACACUCUUGACAAGGUACAGCCUCGUGUUAUCUCCUUUGAAGAGCAGGUAGCUGCCAUCCGUCAACAUCUUGCUGAGAUCUACGAACGUGAGCAAGCAUGGAGAGAAGCAGCUAAUGUUUUGGUGGGAAUUCCAUUGGAAACAGGCCAGAAGCAGUACACUGUGGACUACAAGCUUGAUACAUACCUCAAGAUAGCAAGGUUGUAUCUAGAAGAUGAUGAUCCUGUUCAGGCAGAAGCUUACAUAAAUAGAGCAUCACUGCUCCAGUUACUCUCUCUCACUAAUUUCUGUCGACUAUUUCAUAUACAGGCUGAAUCAAGAAAUGAACAGUUACAGAUUUAUUACAAAGUCUGUUAUGCUAGAGUACUAGACUACCGCCGAAAAUUUAUUGAGGCAGCUCAGCGUUAUAAUGAACUUUCUUACCGAACCAUAAUUCAUGAGGAUGAACGUAUGACUGCAUUAAGAAAUGCACUAAUAUGCACAGUCCUUGCUUCAGCAGGCCAACAGCGAAGUCGUAUGCUGGCAACACUGUUCAAGGAUGAGAGAUGCCAACAGUUACCAGCAUACUCCAUUUUAGAAAAAAUGUAUUUAGACAGGAUCAUUCGUCGCUCAGAGCUGCAAGAAUUUGGGAAUUUGCUUCAACCACAUCAGAAGGCACUUACUCCUGAUGGUUCCACAAUCUUAGAGCGAGCAGUCAUUGAACACAAUCUGCUAUCUGCUAGUAAACUUUAUAAUAAUAUUACUUUUGAAGAACUUGGGGCCUUGCUGGAAAUUCCUCCGAUUAAAGCAGAAAAAAUUGCUAGUCAAAUGAUAACAGAGGGCCGUAUGAAUGGAUACAUUGAUCAGAUUGAUUCCAUUGUUCACUUUGAAACACGUGAAGUUCUGCCAACAUGGGACAAACAAAUACAGUCACUUUGCUACCAAGUUAAUCAGAUAAUUGAAAAGAUAACAAAUACUGAACCAGAAUGGAUUGCUAAGGCUCUGGAAGAACAAAUGAUUCACUGAUAAGACUUGUAAUGGAUUAUUUGAGUAACGUUGUUCCUUUUGUCACUCUUUUGUUAUUAAAUAUUUUCACGAAAAA